GGUAGCGGCGGCGGCGGCAGCAGCAGCGGCGGCGCUCGCGGGGCUAGGCGGACGGAGCCGGAUCUUGUAGCCGGGGUGUGGGCCCGCGUCAGUCGUCCCUCCUUCGGCCCCCUCUCUAGUCUUCCGGAGUGUGGCUGGCGGAGCCGGGAUGGCGGAGCGAGGCCUGGAGCCGUCGCCGGCCUUGGUGGCGGCGCUGCCGCCUGAAGUGCGGGCGCAGCUGGCGGAGCUGGAGCUGGAGCUCUCAGAGGCGACAGAGUCUCACCUUAUGGCCCUCGUUAGAGUGCCGUGGUAUCACACAGCUCACAGCAACCUCCAGCUCCUGGGCUUAAGCGAGUCUCCUGCCUCAGCCUCCCGAGUAGCUGGGACUACAGGGGACAUCACACAGAAAGGAUAUGAAAAGAAAAGGUCCAAACUCCUAUCUCCGUACAGCCCACAGACACAAGAAACUGAUUCAGCAGUACAGAAAGAACUUAGGAACCAGACACCUGCUCCAUCUGCAACUCAAACUUCCGCUCCUUCUAAGUAUCACCGGACUCGAUCUGGGGGAGCCAGGGAUGAACGAUAUCGAUCAGAUAUCCACACAGAAGCAGUUCAGGCUGCCCUGGCAAAGCAUAAAGAACAGAAGAUGGCUUUGCCCAUGCCAACCAAAAGACGAUCCACAUUUGUCCAGUCUCCUGCCGAUGCCUGCACGCCUCCUGACACAUCUUCGGCCUCUGAGGAUGAGGGCUCUCUGAGACGCCAAGCCGCGCUCUCUGCUGCCUUGCAACAGAGCUUACAGAACGCUGAGUCCUGGAUCAACCGUUCAAUUCAGGGAUCGUCCACUUCUUCAUCCGCAUCUUCUACGCUGUCCCAUGGAGAGGUCAAAGGAACCAGUGGGUCUCUAGCUGAUGUAUUUGCCAAUACUCGAAUAGAGAAUUUCUCUGCUCCCCCUGAUGUCACUACAACUACCUCUUCCUCCUCCUCCUCUUCCUCAAUACGCCCAGCCAAUAUUGACCUGCCCCCCGCAGGGAUAGUGAAAGGCAUGCAUAAAGGGUCCAACAGGUCCAGCCUUAUGGAUACAGCUGAUGGUGUUCCUGUCAACAGCAGAGUAUCCACAAAAAUCCAGCAGCUUCUCAACACUCUAAAACGACCCAAAAGGCCUCCCUUAAAGGAAUUUUUUGUGGAUGACGCUGAAGAAAUUGUGGAAGGUAUACCUCAGCCAGACCCCAACCAGCCCAAGCCUGAGGGACGGCAGAUGACCCCUGUAAAGGGAGAGCCUUUGGGAGUCAUCUGUAACUGGCCGCCUGCUCUUGAAUCUGCCCUGCAGCGGUGGGGCACCACUCAAGCAAAGUGCUCUUGCCUGACUGCGCUGGACGUGACAGGGAAGCCAGUUUACACUCUUACAUAUGGAAAGUUGUGGAGCAGAAGUUUAAAGUUGGCCUACACACUGCUUAAUAAACUGGGGACCAAAAACGAACCUGUGUUAAAACCUGGAGACAGGGUGGCACUGGUUUACCCCAACAAUGAUCCGGUCAUGUUUAUGGUGGCUUUUUAUGGAUGUCUCUUAGCAGAAGUGAUUCCAGUGCCUAUAGAGGUACCUCUUACCAGAAAGGAUGCUGGAGGUCAGCAGAUUGGCUUCUUGCUGGGAAGCUGUGGUAUUGCCUUAGCUCUUACCAGUGAAGUUUGUCUAAAGGGCUUGCCAAAAACUCAGAACGGAGAAAUUGUACAGUUUAAAGGUUGGCCCCGGCUCAAAUGGGUUGUAACAGAUUCCAAGUACCUGUCAAAGCCACCUAAAGACUGGCAGCCACACAUCUCACCUGCUGGUACAGAACCAGCGUACGUCGAGUAUAAAACAAGCAAAGAAGGGAGUGUAAUGGGAGUUACGGUGUCCCGGCUGGCAAUGCUGUCUCACUGCCAAGCUCUGUCGCAGGCCUGCAAUUAUUCUGAAGGAGAAACAGUAGUCAAUGUUUUAGACUUUAAGAAGGAUGCUGGGCUGUGGCACGGCAUGUUUGCGAAUGUAAUGAAUAAGAUGCACACAAUUAGCGUACCCUACUCUGUCAUGAAGACCUGCCCUCUCUCUUGGGUCCAGAGAGUGCAUGCCCAUAAAGCCAAGGUAGCUUUAGUAAAAUGUCGAGACUUGCACUGGGCUAUGAUGGCGCAUCGGGACCAAAGAGACGUGAGCUUGAGCUCCCUCCGCAUGUUAAUUGUGACGGAUGGAGCUAAUCCCUGGUCUGUGUCAUCCUGUGAUGCCUUCCUGAGUCUGUUCCAAAGCCAUGGACUGAAACCGGAGGCCAUCUGUCCGUGUGCUACGUCUGCGGAAGCCAUGACUGUAGCAAUCCGCAGGCCUGGAGUUCCAGGGGCCCCUUUGCCAGGAAGAGCCAUUCUCUCAAUGAAUGGAUUGAGCUAUGGGGUGAUACGGGUCAAUACUGAAGAUAAAAAUUCUGCACUAACAGUCCAGGAUGUGGGGCAUGUAAUGCCUGGUGGGAUGAUGUGCAUUGUUAAACCAGAUGGACCGCCCCAGCUCUGCAAAACAGAUGAAAUUGGAGAAAUCUGUGUCAGCUCCAGAACAGGGGGCAUGAUGUACUUUGGGCUUGCUGGUGUGACAAAAAAUACAUUUGAGGUGAUUCCAGUGAAUUCUGCAGGCUCUCCUGUUGGGGAGGUGCCAUUCAUCCGGUCAGGAUUGCUGGGGUUUGUAGGGCCAGGUAGUUUGGUGUUCGUAGUUGGAAAAAUGGAUGGAUUACUGAUGGUUAGUGGACGAAGACAUAAUGCUGAUGACAUUGUUGCUACUGGAUUGGCUGUUGAGUCAAUAAAGACUGUUUAUAGAGGAAGAAUUGCUGUGUUUUCUGUGUCUGUAUUUUAUGACGAGCGCAUUGUGGUGGUUGCGGAACAAAGACCGGAUGCUUCUGAGGAAGACAGCUUCCAGUGGAUGAGCCGUGUGCUGCAGGCAAUCGAUAGCAUUCAUCAAGUGGGCGUUUAUUGUCUUGCUCUGGUGCCUGCCAAUACAUUGCCAAAAACUCCACUAGGAGGGAUCCAUAUAUCUCAGACGAAACAGCUCUUUCUGGAGGGAUCUCUACAUCCUUGCAAUAUCCUCAUGUGCCCACAUACGUGUGUGACAAAUUUGCCUAAACCCCGGCAGAAGCAACCAGGUGUAGGCCCUGCUUCCGUGAUGGUUGGGAACCUGGUUGCUGGAAAGCGCAUAGCACAAGCUGCUGGAAGGGAUCUGGGGCAAAUUGAAGAGAAUGAUUUGGUGAGAAAGCACCAGUUUCUGGCAGAGAUUUUACAGUGGCGAGCCCAGGCAACUCCUGACCAUGUACUUUUCAUGCUGUUAAAUGCCAAGGGAACUACUGUGUGCACAGCCAGCUGCCUGCAGCUUCAUAAGCGAGCAGAGAGGAUUGCAUCCGUUCUUGGUGACAAGGGACAUCUCAAUGCAGGAGAUAAUGUGGUAUUGCUCUAUCCCCCUGGCAUUGAGUUAAUUGCUGCCUUCUACGGCUGCCUGUAUGCAGGGUGCAUACCAGUGACUGUUCGGCCUCCUCACGCUCAGAACCUUACUGCUACGUUGCCCACGGUGCGAAUGAUUGUCGAUGUCAGCAAGGCAGCCUGUAUUCUCACCACUCAGACCCUAAUGAGGCUACUAAAGUCUCGAGAGGCGGCAGCAGCUGUGGAUGUGAAAACCUGGCCUACCAUCAUUGACACAGAUGAUUUACCCAGGAAAAGGUUACCUCAGCUGUAUAAACCACCCACUCCUGAGAUGCUGGCAUAUCUUGAUUUUAGUGUAUCCACAACUGGAAUGCUAACAGGAGUGAAGAUGUCCCACUCUGCGGUUAAUGCUCUUUGCAGAGCCAUCAAGCUCCAGUGUGAGUUGUAUUCUUCUCGGCAGAUCGCCAUCUGCCUCGAUCCUUACUGUGGACUUGGCUUUGCACUCUGGUGCCUCUGCAGUGUCUAUUCAGGUCACCAGUCCAUCUUAAUUCCUCCUAUGGAGUUAGAAAACAACCUUUUCCUCUGGCUCACCACUGUCAACCAGUAUAAAAUAAGGGACACUUUCUGCUCUUAUUCCGUAAUGGAACUUUGCACUAAAGGACUUGGCAACCAAGUGGAGGUGCUAAAGACCAGAGGGAUCAACCUCUCCUGCAUCCGGACCUGCGUGGUGGUAGCAGAGGAGCGGCCCCGCAUUGCCCUCCAGCAGUCCUUCUCCAAGCUCUUCAAGGACAUUGGGCUAUCCCCUCGGGCUGUCAGCACCACUUUUGGAUCAAGAGUCAAUGUGGCAAUAUGUUUACAGGGAACCUCAGGGCCUGAUCCAACUACUGUGUAUGUAGAUCUGAAAUCAUUAAGACAUGACAGAGUUCGUCUUGUGGAACGAGGUGCCCCCCAGAGUUUGCUCCUUUCAGAGUCCGGAAAGAUUUUACCUGGUGUAAAAGUGGUUAUUGUGAAUCCUGAGACCAAAGGGCCUGUUGGAGACUCGCACCUUGGAGAGAUUUGGGUGAAUAGUCCCCAUACAGCCAGUGGCUACUACACCGUCUAUGACAGUGAGACUCUUCAAGCUGAUCACUUCAACACUCGCCUCAGCUUUGGGGAUGCUGCUCAGACACUCUGGGCUCGGACAGGAUACCUGGGUUUCGUGCGCCGGACUGAGCUCACGGCGGCCACUGGAGAGCGUCAUGAUGCCUUAUAUGUUGUGGGAGCUCUGGAUGAAACGCUGGAGCUGAGAGGAUUACGAUACCACCCAAUCGAUAUUGAGACCUCAGUGUCUCGGAUCCACAGAAGCAUUGCUGAAUGUGCCGUGUUCACGUGGACCAACUUGCUUGUGGUGGUUGUGGAACUGUGCGGCUCUGAACAGGAAGCCCUGGAUCUGGUCCCCUUAGUGACCAACGUGGUCCUGGAAGAGCAUUACCUCAUCGUUGGUGUUGUGGUUGUGGUGGACCCAGGUGUCAUCCCAAUCAACUCCAGAGGAGAGAAACAGAGGAUGCACCUCCGUGACAGCUUCCUAGCUGACCAGUUAGACCCCAUCUAUGUGGCCUAUAACAUGUAGCCAGCCUCGGGACUGCAGGGUGCAUCGUCAAGAGUCACAAAGACUGAAGACCCCUGGCUAGGGGCAAGCUUUUAAAUGAUGUGAAAUAAGCUGAGAUGGCUACAUUAUAUUCUUCAUCUCAUCCUGUGGGAUUCUACAAUCACAUAACACACAGGAAAGUGGAAUUCUGUGGUGGCAAAUGAAAAAAAUGUUAACAGGCUGGUAGACAUAGCUUUGACAGCGCGUGAGUAGCAUGUUCUGAAAGCAAUUACGCGCAUGUUUCAUUUUUUUCAUCUAUUGUACAUACUUGUAUUUUUAUCUAAUGCAGUUUUAGAAUUUUGUAAGGGAGUCUAAUGAAUUCACAUGAAGGGGGUAGUCUGAGUUACACAGUUCCCCACUCUGUACUGUAUUUGGCAAUUUUGCUGUAGCUAGAUGUUCUACAGGUUUUGUUAACAUGGAACUACUCAGCUUGUUUGCAGUCAACCCUUAGGCAAAACAGAUAACUCACUGAAUACGAGAAUUACUUUAUAUAUAUAAAAUUCUUAACUGUAAAGCAUUUUGACCAGUGUUUUAAACAUGUAAAUAAUAAUACACAUAAUUCAGCUAAAGAAUUGGCUUGUAUAAUAACAUCCAAAAUAGAAACAUCUCUACACUGAGAGAAUUUCAGUGUUCUCUUAAUGUAGUAUAAUUGAUUAGGUUACAAACAAAAUGUAGAAAUUGUUGGCAGAUUUUGCUGCACAGUGUUCCAUGUCUUUGUUGGCUGGUAUAUUUUAUAAACUAAAGCUGCCUAUGUUUGUUUUUAAAGCUUGCAUUCCCAGAAUCAGCUUAAGCUUCUUAUGUAUUCAACCUAUUUCUAUAAGCUGAGAAUCUCAGUUUAAAAAUCAAAGUGUCAAGAAAAAGCUAAGAUUCAUCAGAUCCCAUCCUAUUCUAAGGAACCACAAUAACUCACUCUGGCCCCAGUGUUGAAACUAUCUUUCAAAUUUAGAGUGAUUACCUAAGAAUUUAAAAGUUCUUCUUUUUCAAAGCCCGUUGUAAACUGUGUCUACAGUUUAUGCAUACAACUUUCUCUCUUCUGCAAACAGAAGACUGUCCUCUGUUCUUUUAGUUCAUGCGGGCAGGGAGCUUAAAAACAAAAAUUAUAGGCCAGGAAGACACUGGGAUCAACAUGAAACUGUAAGGUCACAUAACUACACAAAUCUGACCAAUUUGGGUUGCCAAAACAGCCAGGCUUAUGCUGAAAUAGGGGAAAUCUGAUGUAUGCAAGAAAUUAUUUUGAAGUAACUGUGGUGCCCAGGCCAGGCAGACUAAAUACGGGACUGAGUUUGGCUUCUGGCUCUGUCUCCUUUCUUUGGUCUGAUACUUCAUGUAUUUGAAUAUAGUUGAAUCUUAUUAUUUUUUUCUUACAGAAAUAUUUUUAAAAAUUAAAAGUACUCCAAAGUGAAAAGAGUUAACUUGUUAAAUCAGAAUGGUUCUCUUUGAUCCACUCUGGUCUAUUGUGUAAAUAUUUAUUUAGACUAUUUUAAUAAUACAUAUUAUUUACCCCACUGUAACAUCAUGUAAACUAAAUAUGUUUUUAAACAAUUUUUAAGACUUGUAAUUACCAUGAAAAUAAGGUUUAUUAUACAAAAACCAGACCCUUCACUAGGGCAGCACUCUUGGGCUGCCUUUAUUCAGUCUUGUGACUCAAAACCACUUUAUAACUCCCUUUUACAUAAUUCUCUUUUCCUCCCAACCCAUUCUCCAUAGAGGGCAGACCUCAAGACAUUUUCCAGUUCUAGAUCUCUUUUCCAACAUUUUGGAAGGAAUUAAUUUACACAUUAUGGGGGAGGUACAGCAAAAAAGCACUUAUAUUGCAGUCAAAUAAGAAAUCCCAGUGUCUAGCAAUAGUUUGGUUUGCAAAGGAAACAGCCUAAUAUUUGGAAAGUAGUUUUCUUAAAAUUAUUGUUAAUUCAUUAAACAAAGCAAGAGAUCCUGGGUAAGUCUAUUUCCAUAAUCCCCACGUCCUAAGAGAAAAAUUAUAGGUACUUUCUAUCCUGUAGGUUGCUUUGAUAAUUUUUUUUUUUUUUUUUUUUUUUUUUUUGUGGUUUUUGGCCGGGGCUGGGUUUGAACUCACCACCUCCGGCAUAUGGGACUGGCGCCCUACUCCUUGAGCCACAGGCGCCACCCUGCUUUGAUAAUUCUUAUAAUCACAAUUUAGGGUAUAAACAUCUCAGUAUCUCAAAAAUACUAUCAUUUCAACAUGGAAUCAAUGUAAACAUUAACGACAUUUUACAUUCUUUCUUAUAGUAAGCCUUUGAAAUCUAGGGUGUAUUAAACACAUCUCAAUUCAAACUAACCAAAUUUUCAAGUCUUCAGUAGCCAGAUGUGGCUGGUGGCUACCAUAUUGGACAGUGCAGAUCUAUACUCAUUCCCUCAAAUAUGUUACUCCUUUAACUUGAGUAUGGCCAAAUCCUGGUUACUUAGGGACCGAUUGUCCAGUUUUGUAGUUCCUCAGACCUCUAAUUUAUCUUUAUUUUUUGCUUUCUGCUAUGUGGCUGCAUUACUGGUCUUUUUUAUAUCCCCCAAAGCUAGAAUAUGCUAGUGGAAGGCUGGGAAUUGUCCUUGGGGGACUUCAUCAGUAACUCUGGUAAAGUAUCCUCUGGAGGGAGAGAAGAGUUAUUAGUUUAGAUGGUGUUUGUGGGGACAUCUGCAGAUUUAAGGCCUACUCUAUCCCAGACUUGAGUAUAAAAAUUUUCUCAUGACACAAUGUUCUUGCUCAUUAAGUGGAACUUUUGUGGUAGAACUGAUUUUUAAGACAGUUCUGAAAGGCCAUUAUUGAUUAAAAAACACAGCCUUUCUAAUCCUCUGGAAUAUAUUCUGUGUAGGAUUUUAUGUCUGUGGAAAAACACUAAACAGCAAGCCCCCAUCUCAGUUAAGAGUAAUCUGUUGGUCUGAAGGUUUCUAAACUUCUGGUUCUCAGCAAAGGUUAAGUGAAGUAGAUUGCCUCAGGAAAAUUCCAGGCCAUAGGAAUUCUUAAGAGCUGUGCAAAUGCCAUCUUCUGCAUCAGUGAGACCUUAGGAAUGACCAGCAUGCUGAUCAGUGUCAGGAAUCUGCAGUCUUCACUCCUGCCUCAUUAAAGGGCCUAUUCUCCCCAGCACUAGGUCCUUUCCUCCUGAAGUCGUGUUGCCUCAGGCUGCUUAGGGACCAUUACCUGUCUUGGUCAUUUGAGUGUGUCCCCUUACUUUAGUCCCUGGGCAAUGCUUGCUUAUUGCUUUUGUUGGCUCAACCAAGGGCCCGAGGCCUUUUUGUUAAGGUCUCUGCCCCAGGCAUGGUGCUCAAUAUCUUGGCCAAAUAAAUUCCUUUUCUUGAAUAUCCAGGAAUCUUUUAGAGUAAAGCAAUGAGGAGUUAUCACCUCACCCUCAAACUCCAAUAAGAUCUAUGCCUUAGUGUUGUUUUGUUGUCUGCUUUGAUGUAAAAGCAAGAGUAUUUGGAGCAAGAAGCUGCAGUACUCCAAAUACACAAUAGGCCUUUAUCAUUCAUACAACAUUUCUGGUGUAGGUAUAUGUAGAUGGGCCAUGUUGUUUGUCCAGAGGAAGAGAUUGUAAAGAUGUAAGAAUAAUUUUUCAGUCCUCUAUGUUUUGUUUAGUUUUUGUCAGGAUAUUUACCCAUGUCAAAUUCAAACUACAGUACUGUGUAAUUAUGUACAAAGGUUUUUUGUUUUUUUUUUAUUUAUUUGAAGUUAGAGUAGAUAUACAUUUUUAAAUUUAACAUCUGGCUGGACAGUGUUAUAUUAACUCAUUGAAUGUGUUUCUUUUGUCUUGUGUUAAUAAAUAUUGAUGCCUGA